UGAGCCAAUCGGCGGCGGGGGCGGGGCCGAGAGGACGAUGGCGGCAGCGGUAGGGGUGCUGCGGCUCCUGCUGGCCGGGCCGGGUCUGAGGAGGCGGAGACUGAAAAGCUCCUCACUGUCAGCUGGAGUUCCUAAACUUGAUUAUCAUGCCAAGCCUUCCCACAAGUAUGUACCUAGAAGAGCUGUGCUAUAUGUGCCUGCAGAUGAUGAAAGGAAGAUACAAAAAAUUCCAUCUCUAAAUGUAGACUGUGCUGUAUUGGACUGUGAAGAUGGUGUGGCUCUGAACAGAAAGGCAGAAGCAAGGCUCACAGUUGUGAAAACACUCAAAGAGGUUGAGUUUGGCCAGACUGAAAAGUGUGUCAGGAUCAAUUCAGUGUCCAGUGGUCUUGCCGAACAAGAUCUCGAGGUUCUUUUGAAAUCCAGUGUUCUUCCUUCAAGCCUGAUGCUGCCAAAAGUUGAAAAUGCUGAAGAAAUAAGAUGGUUUUCAGACAAAUUUUUACAUCACUUAAAAGGCCGAACACUUGUAGAACCAAUGAAUUUAAUCCCUUUUGUGGAAACUGCAAUGGGGUUGCUCAAUUUUAAGGCAGCCUGUGAAGAAACAUUAAGCAUAGGAUCGCAAGUUGGCCUUCAUUUGGAUGCAGUAGUCUUUGGAGGAGAGGAUUUUCGAGCCAGCAUAGGUGCUACAAGUAGUAAAGAAACUCAUGAUAUUCUGUACGCCAGGCAAAAAAUUAUUGUCACAGCAAAGGCUUUCGGCCUACAAGCUAUAGACCUUGUGUACAUUGAUUUCCAAGAUGAAGAUGGGCUCCGUAGGCAGUCAAGAGAGGGUGCCCUAAUGGGAUUCACUGGUAAGCAGGUGAUUCACCCUAACCAAAUUGCUGUUGUCCAAGAACAGUUCUCUCCAAGCCCUGAAAAAAUAAAGUGGGCACAAGAACUGAUUUCUGCUUUUGAAGACCAUCAGCAAUUAGGAAAGGGAGCCUUUACUUUCCAUGGGAGUAUGAUAGACAUGCCAUUACUGAAGCAGGCACAGAACAUUGUUACGCUUGCCACAGCCAUCGGGAAAAAAUGAUCUGUUAAAUGAAGCUCUCACCAUGUGGGCAGAGAAGCAGUUUUAAAGAACGACUUUGGGAAAAUGUAAAUACAUCAGAGUUAAGCAGAACUUCAUUUACAUUUCUGCAGAUCUGACAUAAUUUUUCUUGCCAGACUUGCUAAUUACCACGGCUAUGUAUGAUUUAAAUUAGUGCUUGCUCCAGUGCAGCCCAAUGUGCUUCUCCUCCUGGAUCUGAAGUGAAGUCAUAUUGCUGGGUGUAUGACAUCACAAUAACGAUUACCAAGACAGGCUUAUGACUUCACUGGGGAUAGCAGCAACAUCUGGGCUGGGAUGAAAACAAGCUUUUCUAAAAUAACAAAUGAAACAAAAAUCAGGGCAAAUGCUUCUGUUUUGUCUGGGCUUCCCCCUUCUCACCCCCCCCCCCAUAAUAUCUGUGGCAGAGUAAAAGUCCUCUUUCGAAGGGCAAACUCAUGCAUAGUUAUUAAAUAGGUGACACCUUAAAGAUAAUUAAUUAAUUAUAUUUAAGGUACCACUGGACUUCUUGUUUUUAUUAAAUAGUUGAAAUUGUUAUGAAAAUCAUUUAAUAUCUGUGUGGGCUUCUCCGUCUCCUAUAAAUGUACAAGAGUCAUUAAAAAACGAAUGUACCAUCA